AUGGAGGCGCUCCACGAGGAGCUGCCCUUCGACCUCGACUUCCACCCGUCCUCGCCGCUCGUCGUCACCUCCCUCAUCACCGGCGAGCUCUGCAUGUUCCGCUACGGCCCGGAGUCGCAGCCUGAGAGGAAUGCCAUAAACCGCCUUGUCUGUCUUACGGAGUCUACAAUUGCCACAGGUGAUGAUGAUGGCUGCAUUAAGGUAUGGGAUACCCGGGAACGAGCUUGCUGCAACAGUUUUGAUGUCCAUGAUGAUUACAUUUCUGAUAUGACCUAUGUGGCUGACUCAAAUCAGAUACUGGCUACAAGUGGGGAUGGAACUCUGUCUGUGAACAGCCUGCGGAGGAAUAAAGUAAGGUCACGAUCUGAAUUUUCAGAAGAUGAGUUGCUAUCCUUGGUGGUAAUGAAGAAUGGUAAAAAGGUUGUUUGUGGAACUCCAAGUGGAGCACUCUUAUUAUAUUCAUGGGGAUACUUUAAGGAUUGCAGUGACCGCUUUCUCGGACACACACAGUCUGUGGAUACAAUGCUGAAGCUGGAUGAAGAAACUUUGGUUUCUGGUUCGUCAGAUGGUGUGAUCAGAUUAGUGGGCAUCUUACCGAAUAGGAUAAUACAGCCACUUGCUGAACAUUCAGAAUAUCCCAUUGAGGCCCUUGCUUUCUCAAACGAUAAGAAAUAUCUCGGCAGCAUCUCACAUGAUAAAAUGCUGAAGCUCUGGGACUUGGAAGAACUCUUGAAUGGUCCACAGGUAGUCAAUGGUGACGAACCUGCCGAAGCUGGUAGCAGUGAUAGUGAUGACUAUAGCGAUGAUGAUGUGAUGGAUGUGGACAUGGCCGCAACCUCUUCUAGAGGGUCAAGGAGUAAAAAGGCGGGUAAAGGACAGAGUUCAAGUAGGCCGGCAUCGGAUUUCUUUGCAGAUUUAUAG